UGUGUGCGUGUGCGCGCGCGUGUGUGUGUGUGUGCGUGCGUGUGUGUGUGUCAGCAUGGAGGAGUGUGAGGCCUUGUGUACCAGGAUGGCCAUCAUGGUGAACGGCAGGUUCAGAUGUCUCGGCAGCGUCCAGCACCUGAAGAACAGGUUCGGUGACGGGUACACCAUCAUCCUGCGGGUCGGGGGGCCCGACGGCGACCUGCUGCCCGUCAUGAAGUUCAUCGAGAGCGAGCUGAGCGGCAGCACGCUGAAGGAGAAACACCGAAACAUGCUGCAGUACCAGCUGCCGUCCUCCCGCACCUCACUCACACACAUCUUCUCCAUCCUGGCCAAAAAUAAAGAGACGCUGAGGAUCGAGGACUACUCCGUCACCCAGACCACACUGGACCAGGUGUUCGUGAACUUUGCGAAGGACCAGAGCGACGACUAUCACUCCAAAGACUCGGUGAGACGGAGAGACGUCGCCAUCGAGGUUCCCACGCUGAGCUGCAGCCCGGCGGCGGCCGAGGGCGGGGCCGCGCUGGGGGAGAGCGUCAUGUGAUCACGUGGUCACGUGAUCGUGUUUUGGACUCAUUUCCGCGGCAGAGAGGACGACGCCUCCGCACCUGCCGUGACAUCACACAGUGGGCGGAGCCUCCUGCCACCUCAUGCCAGUCAAUGCAAAUGACGCCGCCACCAGACCGAGCGUCAAAGAAACUUGAACGCGCAGACUUCCUGCGGAGGGUUUUCUUCUUCUCUGUGAUCGAUCGCUGCCUCCAGUCAACUCUUCCGGGUCUGUUUGUUUUUUUCUGAACCAACGAUGAAGAAUCCGAAUCACUUCAGACGGCCGCGGGCUCGACUGCAACAAUCAGAUUUAUAGAAAACGUUUGAUUCCGUUUUUACCGCGUCCGUUUUAUUUAUACGUGUAGCUGCGACAGAGUAAUUUCUUAUUUUAGCGGUGACAUCAUAGUGUUUAACAGCCAAUCAGAGUGCUUGAUGCACAGAAGACAAAGUCUUCAUUGAUUUUAUAGUUUUUUUAAGAAAAGAUGUAAAAGCGAGCAGAUUAGCCGUGUUUGGGCGUGAAGCGGUGAAAUACCUCGUCAGCUGCUGACAGCACACUACAGUAUUGAUCAGCUGAUCGAUCGGCGCUCGGACCGACUGAAGGAGCCGAAACCUCCUCAGCAGCACUUUACCUGUUCACACGUCAGUUUGUCUUUGCACUGAACGCCAUCUGUCUGCGAUCACCGUGUGGUUUAUUUAAUGUGACAGAAAAGGCUGAUGGGAAGAGGAACUGUUACCGACCCUGAACAUCACAAUAAAAAAGCGUAAAAACUC